AUGAAUACUUUAACAAUAGAUUCAGCUAUCGAAAAGGGAUUAGAAGUUUUACAGUAUGAAGUUUUGAGACCUAAUCAAAGAAGUGUAAUUAAGGCAUAUUUGGAAGGAAAUGAUGUUCUUUAUUGUGCACCAACAGGAAGUGGGAAAAAUGACAUCAGGAAUGGAAAAGCUGACAUCAUAUUUGCUAGCCCAGAGUCAAUUCUUGGACAAAGGAGGACUUUGGUGACAGAACUGUCAAAAACUGACACAUUGAAGGCUAUAUUCAUUGAUGAAGCUCACUGCAUCAAAAAAUUUGGUACGGCUAAGAAAAAAGAAACCCCUGUUUACAGACCUGCAUAUAGUCAGUUAGGAGAGUUGCGCUCACUUGUGCAAAAACAUGUUCCGGUGAUAGCCCUGACAGCCACAGCAGACGAGGCAACGCGAAACCUGAUUAUCAAGUCUUUAUGUAUGUCAAAUCCACAGCAGAUUUUAAUAACACCAGAGAAGAAAAAUGUGAAAUACUCAGUUGAAACUGGAAGCAAAGACACAUGUAGCAAUUUUAAAUGGCUCCGUGACUUAUUAGAUAAAUAUGGCGAAAAUUGCCCUCGAAUUAUUGUCUUUUUCAGACAGAUUAAACAUAUUUCUGAAGUUUUUGAAUAUCUCCAAACAAGUCUUGGUGAAAAGCAAUAUUCUAAAGAUGAAAAUAACAGCAUGAACGGCUACUGGAACAGGACUUUUGCCAUGUUUCACUUAACUACCAAUGAGAAAAUAAAGAAGACAAUAUGUUCUUCUUUUCAACACAUAGAUGGAAAAAUCCGCGUGGUUCUAUGCUCAACCUCAUUUAGUAUGGGUUUGGAUGUCAAACAAGUACAUACCGUUGUUCAUUUUGGUCCGGCAAAUGACCUAGAUGACUAUUUGCAAGAGUCAGGCAGAGCAGGAAGAGAUCCAGACAGAAAAUACAAUGCGGUAUUAAUCAAACACAGAUACUGCCUUUCAAGUCAAAAUAUUUCCGUUGAAAUGAAAAACUUUAUUAAAGCUACAACAUGCCGAAGAGUUUAUCUGCUAAAGAACUUUGCUGAGAAAACUUCUCCAUUAUUACCAAAACAUGACUGCUGUGAUAACUGUGCAGCAACAUGCACAUGCACGUGUGAUUGCAAAGGAUUAUGCUCUUGCAUAUCAACACCAUCAUGUUCAAGCACUGAUUCAGAAAUAUUAUUGUCUAUACGUUCAUCCGUAGUUGCCAGCAUAGAGUCAUCAUCAUCAUCCUCAUCAUCAUCGUCUUCCGAGGAUGAGAAUUUUUCCAGUGGCUCAGAAAUUGAACAGUACUUAAGUAGAAAACCUAACAUAGUAUAUGAUUCAGAUUCAGACUGAGUGCAUGACAAUGUUUACACAAAAACUCACGCAGAAAAAACAUAGAAAUCUGAUCUUGACAUUUUUGCAAUCUGUACU